CCCACGGUACACGGUACACGGAAGCACAACGAAUGUGUGUGGCUGUCACUUCGUAUAAUCCAUAGGAGUGGGUUUUGGAAUAUCUUGUGUUAACCCUUGCCUGGGUAUGUUGUGUGGUAACCCCGGGAAGACGGUAUUCCUCUGUCAGGUCACUUUCGCUGAUAACUCGUCUGUGGACGGAUUCAACGGAUAAGAACUUCGUCGACGGUUAUUUUGAAGUAACGGCCUUUUCUUUACGUUUCACCAUGGAUUACAAGCAUCUCUCUCCCAUCAUUUAUUCCGUAGAUUACUGAAUUUUCCUACUUUACCAUUUAAAGACUCUAAGCUUUGUUCCCUCAGACUCGAUAGUCUGGGAAAUACAUUUACACACAUAUACACUUAACACUGUUAACUUUCCUUUAUUUCGUUGUUACUAUAUUAUAAAUAGAUACUAAUAAAGAGAGUGAUUUUAACAUCAAAACCAGACUCCAGUGUGAACUCUAUUGCUGCUGGUUCGUUUCUAAAACGUUGCAGCUCGUAACACAGUUUUAUAAAACUAGUUAGACCACAUCUGGAGUGUUUCAUACAGUUCUGGUCGCCCCCAUUCUCGAAAGGAUGUCGGGGCUUUGGACAGGGCACAGAAGAGGUUUACCAGGACACUGCCUGGAUUAGAGGGCAUGAGCUAUAACGAGAGGCUGGACAAACUUGUGUUGUUUUCUCCAGAGCGGCGCAGGCUGGGGUGAGACUGGAUGGACGUUUAUAAGAUUACGAGAGGAAUAGAUAGAGUGGACAGACGAUAUAUUUUUCCUGGGGGUUGAAAUGUCUAAUACAUUUAAGGUGAGAGGAGAUGUGAGCGGCAAGUUUGCUUCUUUCCACUGACUAAUGAGUAGCUGGAGUCUCUGCCUUGGGGGGAGGGGGGAGGUGUCACCAAUCCUGACGAGUAAUCCCAUUUGCCCCUCCCAUUUAACCGCAGCAUCUGCGUGGCCCCGCCUCCCGAUGAUGUAACAAUCUCUUCGCGCAUGUUCACAGUCUCCGGGUGGACGGUGUUAUCCUCUCCGCUCAGAGCUGAAGUGGGUCGGCCGUGUGUUCGGGAAAGACUUUCGACUCUUCCUUCGAGAUCACUCUCUGCGGGCCGAAGAUAUCACUUCAAUACUUCGGUAUUGAGACCGAUCCCGAGCGGGGAGAUCUGAUGUUGGCCGUGAGCCCGGAACUGAGGGCCAGUUAAUCAUCUAUUUUCCAGCUAUCUGGGCUCGUCAGAAAUGUGUCGACUUAACUUAAUCUGCAUUGAACGAUCCAAACCGGGAGCCCAGGCUGUCUGUUUCAGCAGAAUUGAAAUGGAAGACUCGCAGACAGGUCACUUGUGUCUUGUGCCGCAGAUUCGCCCCGCCUCCGCUUUGUGACGCCAGAUCACGUGGUUGAUUUUGGCCACUGACUGUGUUCAGUUAAAACUGCGGUGAGAGAUUUAUUGGAAGAAAACGCAUGACUGAAGACGAGGGAACAGCAACAUGUGAACCAGCCCGAGGAUUGAGAGCACUGACUGGAGAGGACCCAUAUGACUCGGAGAUUCCAGUGAUUCAGUCAGGAGAAAGUUUGGUUAAAAACGGGAAGGAAUAUGUCUCCAGGAAUCUGAAACACGGCACAACAGUUUUUUUGUCUCUGUCCAGAUAUUUAAGAAGUGGAGCAAGGGAUUCAAUCAACCAUCCUUCCUGCUCAGACUGUGGGGAGGGAUUCACUUGGUCAUUUCAACUGAAGGUACAUCAGCAAGUUCACACUGGGCAAGGCCAUUCAUCUGUUCUGUGUGUGAGAAAGGAUUCUGUCGGGCAUCCCACCUGUGGACACACCGCUCAGAUGACACUGGGCAGAGCUGGUCAUCUGCUGAAUUUCGGGGAAGGGAUUCUCUCGGUCAUCUGACCUAAUGGCACACCAACGUGUUCACACCAGGGGGCAGGCAUUCACCUGCACAGUCUGUGGGAAGGGAUUCACUGCGUCAUCCAACCUACAGAGACAUCAGCGAGUUCACACUGGGGAGAAGCCAUUCACCUGCUCAGUCUGUGGGAAGGGAUUCACUCAGUCAUCCCACCUACAGAGUCAUCAGCGAGUUCACACUGGGGAGAAGCCGUUCAUUUGCUCAGUCUGUGGGAAGGGAUUCACUCAGUCAUCCCAACUACAGAGUCAUCAGCGAGUUCACACUGGGGAGAAGCCAUUCACCUGCUCAGUCUGUGGGAAGGGAUUCUCUCAGUCAUCCAACCUACAGAAUCAUCAGCGAGUUCACACUGGGGAGAAGCCGUUCACCUGUUCAGAAUGUGGGAUAGGAUUCACUCAGUCAUCCCAACUACUGGCACAUCAGUCAGUUCAUAAUGGGGAGUGGCCAUUCACCUGCUCAGUCUGUGGGAAGGGAUUCACUCAGUCAUCCCACCUACAGAGUCAUCAGCGAGUUCACACUAGAGAGAAGCCGUUCACCUGCUCAGUCUGUGGGAAGGGAUUCACUCAGUCAUCCCAACUACAGAAUCAUCAGCGACUUCACACUGAGGAGUGGCUGUUCACCUGCUCAGAAUGUGGGAAAAGAUUCACUCAGUCAUCCACCCUACUGAGUCAUCAGCGUGUUCACACUGGGGAGAAGCCGUUCACCUGCUCAGAAUGUGGGAAAAGAUUCACUCACUCAUCCACCCUACAGAGACACCAGCGAGUUCACACUGGGGAGAGGCCAUUCACCUGCUCAGUCUGUGGGAAGGGAUUCACUCGGUCAUCCAUCCUACAGAGUCAUCAGCGAGUUCACACUGGGGAGAAGCCGUUCACCUGCUCAGUCUGUGGGAAGGGAUUCACUCAUUUAUCCAGCCUACAGAGUCAUCAGCGAGUUCACACUGGGGAGAGGCCAUUCACCUGCUCAGACUGUGGGAAGAGUUUCACUCGGUCAUCCCAACUACUGGCACACAAGUCAGUUCAUACUGGGGAGAAGCCGUUCACCUGCUCAGUCUGUGGGAAGGGAUUCACUCGGUCAUCCCACCUACAGAAUCAUCGGCGAGUUCACACUGGGGAGAAGCCAUUCAUCUGCUCAGAAUGUGGGAAGGGAUUCACUCGGUCAUCCACCCUACUGAGUCACCAGCGAGUUCACACUGGGGAGAGGCCGUUCUCCUGCACAGUAUGUGGGAAGGGAUUCACUCGGUCAUCCACCCUGCAGAGACACCAGCGAGUUCACACUGGGGAGAGGCCAUUCACCUGCUCAGUCUGUGGAAAGGGAUUCACUCAGUCAUCCAGCUUACAGAGUCAUCAGCGAUUUCACACUGGGGAGAGGCCGUUCACCUGCUUAGACUGUGGGAUAGGAUUCACUCGGUCAUCACAACUACUGGCACACCAGUCAGUUCACAGUGGGGACUGGCCGUUGUUAUGAAUCCCUGGGUUUUGUUUGAUGUGGACUGUCAUUUUAAGAGAGAGAGACAGGGAUUAGGAUGCCAACUCAGUCUGACUUACUGCUUGUUUUCA